AUGUCCAAGUUCGGUGUCCUGGUCAUGGGCCCUGCCGGUGCAGGCAAGACCACCUUCAGUAAUUCUGUGAUUCAGCACCUGCAGAACACCCGCCGGAGUUGCUUCUAUGUCAAUUUGGACCCCGCGGCCGAAACCUUCAGUUAUGAACCCGACCUCGACAUUCGCGAGUUGAUCACAUUGGAGGAUGUCAUGGAGGAACUGGGGCUCGGUCCAAACGGUGGACUCAUCUACUGCUUCGAGUUCCUGCUCCAAAACCUGGAUUUCUUAUCCGAGGCACUCGAUCCACUCAGUGAAGAAUAUCUGAUUAUCUUCGACAUGCCGGGCCAGAUCGAGCUCUACACCCACGUCCCUCUCCUCCCGUCAUUAGUUCAGUUCCUGUCCCGCCAAGGUCCGCUGAACAUCAAUCUCUGUGCAGCUUACUUGCUCGAAAGUACCUUUAUUAUCGACAAAGCCAAGUUUUUCGCAGGGACACUCAGCGCUAUGUCUGCCAUGCUGAUGCUGGAGAUGCCCCAUGUCAAUAUCCUCAGCAAGAUGGACCAGGUGCGGGAGAUGGUGACACGCCGGGAAUUAAGGCGGUUUGCAAACGUGGAUGUACAGCUGCUGCAGGGUGAUGAAGAAGACGACCUUGCUGCAAAUGCCAACCCCAUGGCUAAAGAUGCAUUAAUGAGUGGCGGAUCAUUCAAGCAGCUCAAUCGGGCUGUUGCACAGCUGAUUGAUGAUUUCAGCAUGGUUUCAUUUUUGCAGCUCGAUGUCCAGGACGAGGAUAGUGUUGCGGCGGUUCUGAGCCAUAUCGAUGAUGCCAUCCAGUACCAUGAGGCUCAGGAACCGAGAGAACCCAAGGAUGAGCAGGAGGUAAACUACGAGGACGCCGAUAUGUGA